UCAGAAACGCUCACUGCCAGCAAAACAUCUCGCGAAGUAAACAUUCACGUGUUGUUAAGCUGUUACACACUAGCUAGUCAACGAAAAAGAGUGAAAAUGGGGGAUAAAAAGGAUAAAGAGAAGACACUGAUAAUCGAUGACCCUGUGAAGAAUUUUGAGAAAUGGAAAAGGAAAUACAACAAAACAAAGAAACGAGUCAAACAAGUUGAAAAGACCACCAAGAAAAGCGACUGGGAGGUGGAGAGAGAAAACAUACAGAAGCUGGUUAAUAAAUAUUCGGAGAUAAAUCCCAAAGAGGCUGUGAAGUUCUCUGAUUUUCCACUCUCAAAAAAGACUCUGAGAGGUCUUCUUGAGGCUCAGUACAGGCAGCCCACAGAGAUUCAGAGGCAGACGAUUGGCUUUGCUUUGCGAGGGAGAGAUGUUCUUGGUGCUGCAAAGACUGGCUCUGGAAAGACUUUGGCCUUCCUCAUCCCGGUUUUGGAGUGUUUGUACCGUGAACAGUGGACUUCGAUGGAUGGCCUCGGCGCUCUCAUCAUCUCUCCCACCCGAGAGCUGGCCUAUCAGACCUUUGAGGUGUUGAGGAAGGUCGGCAAGAACCAUGAAUUUUCUGCUGGUCUUGUAAUUGGUGGAAAGGAUCUGAAAGAUGAAUCAGAAAAAAUCCAUCGGACCAAUAUCAUUAUCUGCACUCCAGGACGUCUGCUGCAGCACAUGGACGAGACGGCCACCUUUCAUGCUUCAGAUCUGCACAUGCUUGUACUUGAUGAAGCCGACAGAAUUCUGGACAUGGGUUUCGCCGACACACUCAAUGCCAUUAUUGAAAACCUUCCCAAAACACGGCAGACCCUUCUCUUCUCUGCCACUCAAACCAAGUCCGUCAAAGAUCUGGCCAGACUGAGCCUCAAGAACCCAGAGUAUGUGUGGGUCCAUGAGCAGGCCAAGUUCAGUACACCAGCCACUCUGGAACAGAACUAUGUGGUGUGUGAGCUGCACCAGAAAGUCAACAUGCUCUUCUCGUUUCUGAGGAGUCACCUUAAGAAGAAGAUCAUAGUUUUUUUUGCCUGCUGCAAAGAGGUUCAGUAUCUGUUCCGGGUCUUCUGCCGGUUGCGUCCGGGUAUCUCCGUACUUGCUUUGCAUGGCAAACAGCAGCAGAUGAAGAGAGUGGAGGUUUAUAAUGACUUUGUCCGCAAGACCUCAGCCGUCCUCUUUGCCACAGACAUCGCUGCCAGAGGACUUGACUUCCCUGCCGUGAACUGGGUGCUGCAGUUUGACUGUCCUGAAGAUGCAAACACCUACAUCCACAGAGUUGGCAGAACAGCUAGGUAUAAGGAGGGAGGCGAAGCUCUUCUUGUCCUAUUGCCCUCAGAGGAGAAGGGCAUGAUUGCACAGCUUCAAGAGAAGAAAGUUCCCAUUAACAAAAUUGACGUGAACCCAGAGAAGUUGGUGUCCGUCCAGCAGAAGUUGGAGGCCUUCCUGGCACAGGAGAAGGAGCAGAAGGAACGAGCACAGAGGUGUUUUGUGUCCUACCUCCGCUCCGUCUAUCUGAUGAAGAACAAAGACGUCUUUGAUGUUUUCCAGCUCAAACUCACAGAAUAUGCCAUGUCACUGGGUUUGGCGGUGGCUCCGCGAGUCCGUUUCCUCAAUAAGGCCCAGCAACAGAAGAGUGGAGUGACACAGGACAACAGCGGCGCUGCAGGUCAUGAGUCUGAAGAUGAGCUGAAGAGUUUCAAAGCCCAACUCAAAGGAGAGCAGUCUAAGUCUCAGUCCUCACAGUCUGAGGAAGAAGAGGAAGAAGAGGAGGAGGAGGAGGAGGAGGAGGAGGAGACGUUAAAGCCUGCAGCUGUGCUAUGUGGCUUAAAUGAAGAGGAUGAGGAUGACCAGGAAGAUCAGGACCUACUGACUGUCAAGCGUAAAGAUGUGUUCAAUAUCAAUGAAGAGAGCCAGGAUGAUGAGGGCACAGAUGCUGAGGCCAAGAAUAAGAAACAAAAGGAAUCCAAAUUCAAAGAUGCAAAGAAAAUACAGAAAAAGAACUUCAAGGUCAACACUAAGAAGAUAUUCACUGAGGAGGGAGAGGUGGUGCAGCAGUGGCCUCCGUUCCAAAGGGCCGUGGUACCAGAUGAAGAGGAGGAGGAGGAGACGUCUGGCAUUAACGUGGAAGCAGCCAAAGAGCGGCUUCGCAAGGAAGACCAGGAGUUUGACAAGAUCGAAUACCGUCGUAAAAUCAAAGAGAAACAUAGGGAGAAAAGACUGAAGGAGAAAGCAGCUCGGAGGGAAGCGAGCAAACAGCAUAAAGAGGAGAAGAAAGUUGAUGAUGAUGAUGAUGAUGAUGACGAUGACGAUGAUGAGGAAGAGGUGGUAGCGUAUCUGUCAGGUGCCAAUGAAGAAUUUGACCCCAACACACUUCCUGAUCCCGACAAAGUGCACAACUCCGAGUCCUCCUCUGAGGAGGAAGAAGGCGCUUCAUCAGACCGCGGUGGCAGGAAGAGAAGUUUCAGCAGCGACAGUAGUGAGGAUGAUGAUAGUGAUGAUGAAGUACGGCAGACACAGGUGGGCAAGAAGAAGCCCAGGAAGGAGUCCACAGUAACUCCUCUGGACACUGGCCUCUCUCUGGCCGAAGACGAGGAGCUUGUGUUGCAUUUAUUGGGCAGUCACAGCUAGGUCCCUGUACCCACCUUCUCCUCCAGAGUUUCUUAUUCAUUGUACUUGUAUGUCGAGUUUAUAAAAUGCCCCUUGACUAAUAAAAUUUAUCCUGAUUGUGAUGGCAA